ACUAAUGGCUGGAACAAUACUCACGAGCGAUAUUGGGGCAAUUCGUUAAACGUUCGUUACGGUUUUUUGUAAAAUAGGAGAUACUUAUUAAUUUUCAAAAUGUCUUAUAUGCUCCAACAUUUACGUAAUGGAUGGCAAGUGGAUCAGGCUAUAUUGUCAGAAGAAGAUCGCGUAGUAAUUAUAAGAUUUGGCCAUGAUUGGGAUCCACAAUGUAUGGUUAUGGAUGAAACUCUCUACAAGGUUGCUGAGAAGAUAAAAAAUUUUGCAGUUGUCUAUCUAGUAGAUAGUACGGAGGUACCAGAUUUUAAUAAAAUGUACGAACUUUACGAUCCAUGUACAGUCAUGUUCUUCUAUCGAAAUAAACAUAUAAUGAUCGAUUUGGGCACGGGUAAUAAUAAUAAAAUCAAUUGGGCUAUGUCGGAUGAACAAGAAUUUAUUGAUAUUGUUGAGACGGUAUUUAGAGGAGCUAGGAAAGGAAGAGGUUUGGUCGUAUCACCCAAGGACUACUCGACUAAAUAUAGAUACUGAAGUGUUUGUAAUUCUGAAAAUAAAUUAGUAGUGUUUUUUUCUGUAUUGUUCUUAAUUAGUGGCUUAUUGAUCAAAUUUCUUCGAUAAGUAAUGCUCUUCGGGAAGAGACGAUAGUCGUCUAGCAGCUUCUUCGGCAGUUAUAUCUCGUUGAGCGUUUGCUAACAUUUCGUAGCCAACCAUGAACUUUUUAACGUUGGAAGACCGAAGUAAUGGAGGAAAAUAUAAUGCGUGUAAUUGCCAAUGCUCUUCCGAAUUUCCUUCUAGACGACUUCCUGUUGGCGCUUGAUGCCAACCCAUAGAAUAGGGAAACGAUGUCUCAAAUAAAUUGUCGUAUUUGACCAAUAGUAGUUUCAUUGCUAGAGCUAAAUCUUUUCUUUGGUCUAUAUUUAAAUCUUGUAGUCUUAAAACGUGUUGUUUCGGUAUUAACAUACUCUCAAAAGGCCAUACAGCCCAGAACGGAACCAAUGCUACCCAAUGGUUCGUUUCUACUAUUAUGCGCUCUUUCUUUUCUAAUUCUUUAGACAGAUAAUCGCAGAGCAGCGGCUUGCGAUGCUUUUCAAAGUAUUCUCUUUGCUUUUUGUCUUUGACACGUAUUUCCUGUGGUAAAAAAGAGGAAGACCAUACUUGACAGUGGGGGUGAGGGUUAGAGCAGCCCAUAACGGCGCCUUUAUUCUCAAAUAUUUGUACCCAUAAAUAAUCGGGUGACAGCUGCCUCAUGAGAUCAAUCCAACUGUCGAUAACCGACCCAAUUUGUCCUGGGUCCAUAGUUGCUAAACUUAGAUUGGAAAAUGGAUGGAAACACAUAACUUUACACGAGCCACGGGCGGCUUCCACUUUAAACAAGUCAUCUUCAUUCUCCUCAGGUGCCGGCCCUUCAAAGAGAAGAGCCGGGAAGUCAUUGUCAAAUAUAUAGGUCGAUGUAUAGUUUGGAUUUUUCGAGCCAUUUGAUCGGACAGCUCCUGGGGACAAAGGGUUAUUUGGAUCGUGUCUCGGAACUAGAGAACUCUGUGUGGGCUUUUCAACUUGCCCAGUCCAAGGUCUACUCAUUCUAUGUGGGCUGACGAGUAUCCAUUCAUCCUUGAGCGGAUUAUACCUUCUAUGAGGGUGUUUAGACAAUUCAAAUUGCAUAUUUUUUAAUAACUCUGAUAAUAUUAACGCCUUCCGAUACUAGCGACACCUAUAUAUCUUCCUGCAAUAAUUUCGACAUUAUCGCUCUUACUGGAGCGGCAUAAUCUAAUAAAAAUCUAAUAAUA